AUGAGUAAUAAUGACGAAUUGAUCUCUCAAUUUUUGGCCUUUACAGGCAGUUCCGAUACGGCGAAAGCCAGCAGUUACUUGGAAAUGAGUGCUGGCAAUGUCGAAACGGCCGUUGGUUUAUUUUUGGAGCAUGAAGGAGGCGGCGGCAGUGGAGCCGCUGGUGGAGCUGCUGCUGGCGGCACGGGUGGAGGCAUGCCAGAUGUCCGUGCUCCCGACGCUACUCGAACCAUGCGGCUCAUGGACGACGGCCCAAUGUUUGGCGGAGGCAGCAUGAUGAUGGGUGGAGGAGGGGCGAAUCAGGCCAUGAUGGGCAUGAUGGAACACAUGUUGGAAGACUCGCUUAGGUAUUCGGCCUUUGCGGAUGACCGCGACAAUAUUCGCGAUACCGUCAAUGCUUCUGCUACUUCUUCCAACUCGAGACGCCGGCGGCGCAAUACGAACAACAGCGACGAAAACAUGGCCAUUGAUGUUGAUGCCGACGAGAAUAACCAAGACGACAACAACAACAACAACAACAACACUAACAACAGUAAUAGCAACAUGGACGAUGGAGACGACGAUGACAUGGAGGAAUAUGACUACGAUGAUGAUGAUGACGACGAGGACGGCGAUGAUGAUGGUGGUGCUGCGCAAUCGCAAGUGGCCCGUCUUGCCGAUAUUUUUGCCGCUCCCGAUCAUCUCAUGUUCAAGGAAGGUGGCUUUGAAGGGGCUCGGACCAUGGCCAAAGACAAUAAACGAUGGUUAUUAGUCAAUAUUCAACGCGACAAUGAAUUCUCAUCGCACGCAUUGAAUCGGGAUGUCUGGAGAGACGAGUUGGUGGAGAAUUUGAUUCGAGAAGGCUUUAUUUUUUGGCAGACUAUGGAUGUUUCUCCGGAAGGAAAGACCUAUAUUCAACGCUACAAGGUUGGCGAUUUCCCACACGUUGCCUUUAUUGAUCCUCGUACUAGACGGUUGCUAUGGAGAAAGGAGGGGUGGACCCAAGAGAAUCCACUCACGGCGGAAAGCUUUGCGGAAUAUGCCAUGGACUUUUGUUCCAAGUAUACCUUUGAUAAGCCACCCGUGGCGCCGCGUCCUGGGGCAGCAAGAGCACCGCCCAAGAAAAAGGCCAUGAACGAGAUGUCGGAAGCUGAACAACUACAAGCAGCCAUGCGAGCCAGUCUUGAAGAUAUUAGUCCGGCUUCCGAAGGCAAGAUGGAGGAUGGUGAUGAUGAUGACGAACAAGAGGUUCAAGUAUUGGAACCAGACGAGAAUGGAAAACCAAGGGCAGUCGAAUCGAAGGAAGAAGCCAAACCAUCACUAUUGGACGAACUCUUGGCCAUGACCUUGGGCGAAGAACCGGCAAAGGGUGCCCGUGUCAUGAUUCGAACGCCGGAUGGCAAGCGCAAUGUUCGCAAGUUUGAUGCAUCUCAAACGGUCAAAACAAUAUAUGCCCACUUUGUUCAGUCCAGUGACGAGGCCAAGGGUGGAAAGGAAUUUAUUCUGCAAGAGUCUGGCUUUCCACCGAAGGAUCUGUUGCCUGAUAUUGAUCAAACAAUAGCAUCCCGCAACUUGUCAGGGGCUGCCUUGACUUUGAGAUGGAAGGACUAA